AUGUCGAUCAGCCAAACGGUCCAGGCGGUGUGGAUCAGCGCCAGCUCCAACGACGAGGUGUUCGGGACCGCCAGUUGGGCCGACUGCGACGAGUACAGAAACGCAUGGUCGAGCAUGCUGGGAUGGCAUGAUACUAAACUGGAGAUGCAGUUAUGGGCUCCAGUAGUCGCGAUUCCGCUGCAGUUCUUCGCUCGACCGGCCCCAGAAUCGCAGCGCGUCUAUCUUGUCUCGAGACCAUCAGUACUAGCGGGUAGACGACAGCACCGUGCUAGAUAUUCUAGACGCGACGCAGGAACUGAUAACGCCGCAAGCCCUAAAGUCUAG